GUCAGGCUAGCUGGCUCUCCGCCUACUCCGCACCCCGGCGAAGUUCCGGCGGGGAGGGGUAGGGGUGGUUCGGCCCCGCCCUGCUAGGGGCGGAGCCUGCGCCUGCGCGCUCAGCGACCUGGCGUGUAACCUACAGGUGCGCGCCCACGCCCGCCAGACUCUAGCAAUCUCUGGAACACGCCUCACGGCUCCGGGGCCUGAGCCAGGUGUGUUCUCCACGCAGGUGUCCCGCGCGCCCCGUUCAGCCAUGUCGUCCGGCGUCCGUGUAGCGCUGGUGACUGGAGGCAACAAGGGCAUCGGCUUGGCCAUCGUGCGCGACCUGUGCCGGCUGUUCUCGGGGGACGUGGUGCUCACGGCGCGGGACGUGGCGCGGGGCCAGGCAGCCGUACAGCAGCUGCAGGCGGAGGGCCUGAGCCCGCGCUUCCACCAGCUGGAUAUCGACGAUCUGCAGAGCAUCCGCGCCCUGCGCGACUUCCUGCUCAAGGAGUACGGGGGCCUGGACGUGCUGGUCAACAACGCGGGCAUCGCCUUCAAGGUUGCUGAUCCCACACCCUUUCAUAUUCAAGCUGAAGUGACGAUGAAAACAAACUUCUUUGGUACCCGAGAUGUGUGCACAGAAUUACUCCCUCUAAUAAAACCCCAAGGGAGAGUGGUGAACGUAUCUAGCAGCAUGAGUGUGAGAGCCCUUAAAGGCUGCAGCCCAGAGCUGCAGCAGAAGUUCCGCAGUGAGACCAUCACUGAGGAGGAGCUGGUGGGGCUCAUGAACAAGUUUGUGGAGGAUACAAAGAAGGGAGUGCACCAGAAGGAGGGCUGGCCCAGCAGCGCAUACGGGGUGACGAAGAUUGGCGUCACCGUUCUGUCCAGGAUCCACGCCAGGAAACUGAGUGAGCAGAGGAAAGCGGACAAGAUCCUCCUGAAUGCCUGCUGCCCAGGGUGGGUGAGAACUGACAUGGCGGGACCCAAGGCCACCAAGAGCCCAGAAGAAGGAGCAGAGACCCCUGUGUACUUGGCCCUUUUGCCCCCAGAUGCUGAGGGUCCCCAUGGGCAAUUUGUUUCGGAGAAGAGAGUUGAACAGUGGUGAGCUGGGCUCACAGCUCCAUCCAUGGGCCCCAAUUUGUACCCUGUCCUGAGUUGGUCCAAAGGGCAUUUACAAUGUCAUAAAUAUCCUUAUAUAAGAAAAAAAGAUCUCUUAUCAAUUAGCACUCACUAAUGUACUACUAAUUGAGCAGCCUACGCACUCAGUUGACUACCUAAAUCUGUCAGGUCUUUUGUGAUUUCCUCUGAUGCAGGAGAGGAAAAAUUGUAAUUGAUGAAAAUAAUGAAUGAAAACAGAUGAAUAAAUGGUUCCUUAUAAGUGUC